CAACGAAGGAUUUUCCCAAACAGCUAUUAAGAUUAACAGACCCGAGUGAAGCUAUAUCAUUAUGAUAUUGCGUAGAAUGCGAAUUCGUAUUCGGACCCUGCACUGAGCAAGCUAGUGAUAAUAUCACGAUAGUUAAUUCACAUGCCAAAUCCGAAAUGCUCGGGACACAAAACGGCGUUAAAGCCACUAGACGCACCAGCCACGUCGCAUCUUUUCCUCUGUGGCUUGUCGGGUUCGUAUUCGGGUUUAAGGGGGUGAAUUGUUCGAAAUUGCGGUAGAGCAGGAACGGGACGAAGUGACCCCUGUCAACGAUUUCUUCUAAGAUUGGCUAAUGAAUUGGAGAAGGGUCCUCUAGGUCCAUUUUAUCCAGGCUUAAUCAAUUGUCGAUAACGACCCCAGAAAAAUAAUAAAAUGUCGCCCGUCCCCUUUUCUUAGUAUACCGCUUCUCGACAAUCGUAACAUCCUCCAACUACUAUUUCCAUACGGUUUCUGCUCUUAAUACCAUUAUAUUCCGCUACAAACUUGUAAUAAUCCUUUUUUAAACCAAUUCCUUCUUUCGAUCUUUCAGCAUUACACGUCAACUCGACGCCACUCAACAUGGCACCCUCCAAGAUUGAACUCGAGAGGCAGGACAGGGCCCGCGAUGCCGCCUUCAACAAGGCGAUGCACGGAGAAACUGCUCAGGCCACAGGUGGUUUCCGCGCCAUGAUUGGCAAGGGUGGUAAGGGCACCGAUGCGCAGAGGGCUGCUGUAGACGAGUACUUCAAGCACUGGGACAACAAGGAUGCCAAGGACGAGACUGAGGAGGACCGCGCUAAGCGAACAGCCGAAUACGCUACCCUGACAAGACAUUACUACAACCUCGCCACCGACUUUUACGAGUAUGGUUGGGGCCAAUCCUUCCACUUCUGCCGAUACUCCCUAGGCGAGAACUUCUAUCAAGCCAUUGCACGACAUGAACACUACCUCGCGCACCAGAUCGGUAUUAAGGAGGGCAUGAAGGUCCUAGAUGUUGGUUGUGGUGUUGGUGGCCCCGCCCGAGAGAUCGCCAAGUUCACUGGUUGCCAUAUCACUGGCUUGAACAACAACGACUACCAAAUCCAGCGUGCCACCCAUUACGCCGCGAAGGAUGGUCUCUCGAACCAGUUAACAUUCGUCAAGGGUGAUUUCAUGCAAAUGGACUUCCCGGACAACAGCUUCGACGCUGUUUAUGCCAUCGAGGCUACCGUUCACGCACCCAAGCUCGAGGGUGUCUACAGCGAGAUCUUCCGAGUGUUAAAGCCCGGUGGCAUUUUCGGUGUGUACGAAUGGCUCAUGACGGAUGAAUACGACAACAAUAACCUAGAGCACCGUGAAAUUCGCCUUGGUAUUGAGCAGGGUGAUGGUAUUUCGAACAUGGUUAAGAUCUCGGAAGGUCUCGAAGCUAUGAAGAUCGCUGGUUUCGACUUGUUACAUCACGAGGAUCUUGCUGACCGCCCCGACCCUAUUCCGUGGUACUGGCCACUUGCUGGCGACUGGAAGUACAUGCAGUCAGUGUUCGACACUUUCACCAUCGCACGGAUGACAUGGUGGGGUCGUAUGCUGGCGCAUAACUUCGCGGCCUUCCUAGAGCUGACCCGUUUGGCCCCGGCGGGUACCAAGAAGACAGCGGACAGUCUGGCUCGCGCAGGUGACUGCUUAGUUGCCGGCGGUGCUAAGCAUCUCUUCACGCCUAUGUACCUGAUGGUUGGAAAGAAGCCAGAGCAGAAGUAAGAGUUACAUGACGAAAGGGGUAUAACUCUUGGAGGUGAGGGUGAACGAGGUGCUUAUAAGCACAAUAAUGAAUAAAGACGUAAUGUCCACGCCUACUAAUAUUAUUAAUACGAACUUUCGGGGUCCUGAGAGGUUGAUUCUGGAGAAAUGGCCUUGAUUCCUUUGUAUAUAUUACAAAGAGGCAUACUCAUGAGUAGAGUACAUCAUUUCGCAGCAUAUAUUAGCGUCUGAAAUAGAAGAAUUAAACAACAAUUUUCUGCAGUUUCAAUGCAAACGGGGUGAAUAAUAUUUAGAUUAGUG